AUGUUUCAAAAUAACGAAUCAUCGUCAGACGAUGAUGAGAUUUUAUGUAAACAAGCUCUACCGAUUGCUGAUGAUUCGAUCGAACCGAUUGAUCUGAGCAAAAUGCCAACAACUGGAGAAGAGUAUUUGAGACAGGUUCGUUUUCAAGCGUCACAAUUGCCAGAUUUUCGAAGCGAUAGUGAAAAACAAAGACGUGUAUCGAAAUCUUCAAAUACAAAAAACCAUGCUUGGCAUAAAUUGUUUUCUACAGCCAAUCCGACUGCGAAGUACGUUGUUCCAAUGGAUUGGCAAAACGAAGAAUGUCGAACGUUUUCUGAAGUACGAAACAGCUUCUUUGAAAUGCGCGACCGGCUACGAGCAGCGAAUAAGAAAUAUAAAAAUACAAAACUGAAAACUGCGAAUCAUUAUUGGAAGUUCUGUUUUGGCGAUGAGAUUCCCUUUCAAUCACCAUUGUCGUCGUUAGAAGCUGAUGAACAACAACAAAUGCAGAAUUCGUUUCCGACUAUCACAAAAAUGAGCAUCCUAACACAACCUCAGAUUCACGAACUGUUACAACAUGAAAUUGAUUGGUUGAAGCAAUGUGGAUACUCCAUUCAUCUUGCUUUGUAUACGUUUGCGACUCUCGUAGCAAUUGAAAAGCCGAUUGGUGAUGAUGAAAUGUACACCAUCCGACAAAUUUGUAUGAUAUGGAAGCAGACUCGAACGAAAUUUUUGAAUUCUGCGGAUAAUCAGCAAUCUGUUGAUAAAGCUUUGAUAAAAUCAUGUGAUCUUUUUGUGUGUAUAGUCGGUCGUUACUUUGGACAAUUCGAUCUAGCUGAUGCCAGCGAAUAA